AAAUUAUAUAAGCCUUAAAGAUGAAAAGUAUAAGGACCCAUUUAAAAUAGAUUUAUUCUCAUUGGUAUGACAGUAAAUAAAACGGAAGCAUAAUGGGAAAAAAAAUUGGGCUGACAAUAUUACAAACUAAACUUCAUUUUAUUUUACCAGACUCACGGAAGUUUCUAGACAUAAAUUUAAAUAAAAUGUUAGACCGAGCUUUAAGUAUUGAUCAAAAUGCAUAAUAUUCUGAAGUAAGAUCAAAAUUAUAAAGACGUGUACAUUUCAAAUGAAUAAUAUAUAAACGUAUAAAGUAUUCAUAAAUAGUAAGUUUAUUGAACAAAUAAUUUAAAAAUAAAACGUAAAUUUUUGAAUUUUUUACUUCAUAAUUUUAUCAUAUUAAAAUUUUUAAAAAUAUGGAUAGUUCCAAAUGUUUUGAAGAUAGUGAUGAUGAAUCUUUUCAUUCAAGAUUCACAAGCGAAAAAUCCAUAAAAUUUUCUUUUUCAUUUAAUAAGCGUGAGAAUGAGAAAUCUGAUAAUUCAAGUCCUAAUAAAAGAAAGAGAUUAUCUUUAAAUUUGAAGAGUAAAGAAAUCAACAAUAAUUCUUUAAACAACAACAAUAAUAACGAUUUUGAUCAAGAUUUUAACAAUGAUCUUGUUCUUUGUAAUAAUUCUAUUACGUUCAAAGAAAAUGGUUCUAAUGAUUUUAUUCCGAAAAAUAAUGGUUUUAUUCCGAAAAAUAAUUUGUCAAAAAUUGAUAUGUCUAUAAAAUUAAAAGAAAUUAUUAUUGGAAAUUAUAAUAAUUUGAAUCCAGGAUCGCUCACUCUUAAUUCAAGUACAAAUUCUAUUUGUAUUGAAUUACAAGCUGGAAAUAUUUUGGAUAGGAUUGAUUUCCAUGUUAAAGGAAUUCAAAAUUAUGAUGGGAACAAACAACAAAACGUUAUCCAAUUGAAUUUGGUUCACGAUUGGAUCAAAUAUUUAUUACCAGUGAGAGAGAUUAAUACUUUAGAAGAAAUAAAAAUUAAGAUUGAUCCAACUGGAGGAGAAUUGCGAAAAGUAGGAUAUAUUAAACUAUUUUUGGAAAACAGUGCUAAUGUAAAAGAUGCAGUAAAUGUUUUUGGACAAGAAUUUAGGAAAAUGAAGAACACUUCAAAACCUCCAAUUUCACCAAUUCUUCAAUGGAAAGAAACAAAAGUAAAUCUUAAAUUUUAAUAGGUGGCAUCUGUGAAAAAUGCAGUAUUAUUAUGAUUUUAGACUUUCAGAAUAUUUUAUUAACUUGUUCAUUUUUUAUAGUUUGAAGUAAUUGUCAAUUAUAAU